AUGGACGUCGACGAUAUGGACAUCGUUAUGGCCGAGGCCGACGCUCUGCCGAUCGCUUUGCCAAAGAAGGCCAUGACGAUCAAGCUACCCCCCACUCCCAGCUUGAACCCGUUCAACUUCGCGAAUCACCUCGAAGAUACCCACACGGCGGGGUUUUGCGACCGGUUCCAGUCCGAUGAGGACUUCGAAGCCCAGAAGGCCGAGUAUCUCGCGCGACACAACAACAGGGGAAAGGCCGAGGUCAACUUGGCGAAGUACCCAAACUGCCUCGACGACCUCCCGACGACGCACGAAGAGCGCACAGAGUGGCGGAGGCAGUUGUUUGGCGCCAUCCGAGACUUGACCAUGGUAGGAAACCAAGGCCGGAGAAAAGCGGGUGCGGACAACAGCCAGAUUGAGAACACCGAUGUCCGUCGUUGUCGCGAGCUUGAUGAUUUCCAAGUUGAAAUGAUCGGCUACGAAAUACUGAAGAAGGCCGAGAAAGCCCAUCAAGGUCAGGUCGACAUCGGUGCCUGGACCGAAUCACAACAAUGGGGCUUCGAGCAAUUCCCCUCGUUUGCUGCCAGGAUGCACUGGCUCCUCCGCGCCGUCAGGGUAAACAAGGCCGUCCCGAUGGACUACUGCGAGCCUGACUUCUUGAUGAGAUGGGCGUGA